AUGUACUUACGACGCAGACGGCAAACAUUGAAGCCGCCGCACAUGAGACGGUCGCCGCCGCCGAUGGAAGAGGCCAAGUUGUGGACGGGUCGGGAGCGCCCUGCUCCCAGCCCGGCGUUUACGGAUCCGGAUGAGGACGAGGAUGAAGGUCCCGUCGGCGCUGCUGGCGGCUCCGAAACGGAGGCUUGUCUUGGGGACGACGAGAGGAGGGGCACUGAGGCCGAGGGGGAACUGUUGCCCAUCUAUGUGUCGAUGCACCGAGUGCGCCGGCUCAUCAUCGCGAGUAUAGAUGAUCCAUAUACGCUUGAUCAGUUGAGCGACCCACGGAUGAAUAUCCUCAUCGUGCGGCCUCUCGUUGACAGACUUUACAACCCAAAAGAUAUCACGAUAGUAUACUGUUUGCUGGCUAACCGGCUUUACUUCCUCCGCCAGCAAGCCACCACAGUUCACCAGGCUGUGAACAUUGCUCGGGCGACUCUCUGUGAGCUGGUCGCCACCCGUGUGCUCCGGCGCUUCCAUGAGGACCAGCCGGGAUCUCAGGGGCUACUCUUCCUCUCUCACCUCCUCGUCGGCGGUUUCGACCCCUUCGAGGGCGCUCCGCAGGCUGUCGAAUUCCAAGGCCGCCGGCAAUGGGCCGUCCAGGAGCGCGGCGGGCUGGAGCGGAAGCUCACGGCGCUCGAACUCGCCAUCUUGUCUGAGAGCAAGAACUUUAUCAGCUCGGCGGGCUGUCAGCGCGUCGUCAACGCCGUCUAUGAAGGUCGCGUCAUCUACACGCCGCUCUCCUUCGUCGAUAUCCUCCCGGACCACUACAAGUACCACCCCAUAUCAAUUUAUGACCCGCGCAAGGCGCCGAUUCUCAACCACUACCGCCUCAUCGUCCCGCGCUCGCGCAACUUUAUCGAGUUUAUCCACUUCCUAAUCCUUAUGAUCCUCUAUUUCCUCGCCAUGUUGUACCGGCGGAGCAGCAACGAGGUAUUCGAGUUCCUGUUCUGCAUCUACGCCGCCGGCUGGGUGCUGGACGAAUUCGCCGCCAUCAUAGAGCACGGCUGGGAGGUGCACGCGCAGAACCUCUGGUCCUGGCUUGACGUAACCUUCUCCGUCAUCUACGGCGCCUACGUAGUCGCGCGCAUCUACGAUGUCGCGACGGGCCACUUCCCUGACGGCCACGGUCUGCACAUCCUGCCGCUUGCGGCGCCCAUCCUGCUGACACGCAUCGCCUUCAACAUCGCUCCGGACAACAUCGUGCUCAUCUCCCUGCACGCCAUGAUGAAGGAUUUCCUGCUGUUGUCGUUCCUCGCGUGCUGGUGCUUCAUGGGCUUCCUGCUGGCGCUGCAGUGGCUCAUCGACUCCAACGACAACUUCAACGAGACGCCGAGCUGGUUCACCAUCUGCAAGUGGAUGCUCUGGAUCUGGUUCGGUCUCGACGGCACGGGCAUCGAGGAGUCGGUGCAGUUCCACAUCGUCCUCGGCCCCGCGCUCAUGAUCGGCUUCGCCUUCCUCGGCAACACCCUGUUCCUCACCAUCCUCGUCGCCAUGCUCACCAACACCUUCUCCAAGAUCAUCGCCGACGAGACCGCCGAGGUCCAGUUCCGCCGCGCCGUGCUGACCUUCGAGGGCGUAAAGUCCGACGCCAUCUUCGCGUACCCGCCGCCCUUCAACAUCUUCGCCCUGGCCACGCUGCUCCCGCUGCGCUUUCUCGUGUCGCAAAAGACCUUUCACACCGUCAACGUCGCCCUCAUCCGCGCCCUGAACCUGCCGACGCUGCUGCUCAUCAGCCUAUACGAGCGCCGCCAGUUCUCGCGGAGGUCGCGGAACAAGACGCGCAACGGCCUGCUUGGCUGGCGCCAGUUCUCGGGCUUCUCGCCCCACGGCGACAUCCAGGCUGUUUUUGAGUCUCGGCCGCCGCCGGAUGUCGCGGAUAUCAUCGAGCAGCUGGAUAAGCUCGACGGAGGCGCGGCGGAUGAGGUCGUGCCGAGGUUGAGCGUGGAUUUGGGACGGCCUAUUCGGUGGAGGUCACGAUUAAGGAAUGGAGUUUUGGAGCAUGAUGAUUAG